UCCAAUGACAACAAUGUCUGAAAAGGGUGUGUUUAUUUCGCGAUCACUUACCUUGCUAUUCGCGGUCUCAAUGUUGUUUCUAAUGCUUUCUUCAUCAAUCCUGUUUCAGUUUGGUGAUAAUUCUGUAGUACCCAGAUCAAUAUAUAAGCUUAUUGUUGUUUCAAAAACGCCGGUUAUUAUUAAAGAUGAUCAAACCAGUGAGCCAAUUGAACUAAAAUCGACCCCUUUUGUAGGUUCAUCUUGUAAAGAGUCUUGUUUUAAAUCCGACCUCAUUAAACCAACCGUCUCUUGUGACCGAAACCAUGCUCUGCUUAAAAUUUUUAUGUAUGAUUUACCACCUGAGUUUCACUUUGGAUUACUAGGAUGGAAGGGAGAUAGAAGCCAAAUUUGGCCUAAUGUGAGUGAUUUGAGUGAAAUCCCUAAAUACCCAGGUGGGUUAAACUUACAACACAGUAUAGAAUAUUGGCUCACUCUUAAUCUAUUGUCUUCAACUGCUCCAAAUUUGUCUACACCUUGUACUGCAAUUCUUGUAAAAAAUGCAACUCGAGCGGAUGUCAUUUUUGUGCCAUUUUUCUCCUCUUUAAGUUACAAUCGGCAUUCUAAAAUUCAUAGCACCGGGAAAACUAGUUUAGAUAAGAUUUUGCAAGAAAGAUUGGUGAAGUAUUUAAAAGGUAGAGAUGAAUGGAAAAGGUUGGGAGGAAAGGAUCAUAUGAUUGUGGCUCACCAUCCAAAUAGUAUGCUUUUAGCAAGAAAACACUUGGGUUCUGCUAUGUUUGUUCUUGCUGAUUUUGGAAGGUAUCCUGCUCAUAUUGCAAAUAUUGAUAAAGAUAUCAUUGCACCUUACAAACAUGUUGUAAGGCUUGUUGAUGCUGGUGAUUCGCCUUCUUUUGAAGAUCGGCGUGUGUUAGUUUAUUUUCAAGGAGCGAUCUAUAGAAAAGAUGGUGGAAUGCUUCGUCAAAAGCUAUACUACCUAAUGAAAGACGAAAAAGAUGUGCACUUUACAUUCGGAACUGUGUCAUCAGGUGGGGUCCGAAAGGCAUCCAGAGGGAUGAUUUCAUCCAAAUUCUGCCUCAACAUUGCAGGAGACACACCUUCAUCUAACCGUAUGUUUGAUGCUAUUGCUAGUCAUUGUGUUCCUGUUGUAAUAAGUGACAACAUCGAGGUUCCAUUUGAGGAUGUUCUUGAUUACUCCAAAUUCGCCAUAUUUGUUCCUGCAUCAGAUGCUCUUAAGAAGGGUUACCUUUUAAAACUUCUUAGAGGUGUUCAAAGAGAAAAAUGGAUUGAAAUGUGGGAAAGAUUGAAACAAAUUGCACCACAUUUUGAGUAUCAGUUUCCCUCACAGAGUGGUGAUGCUGUUGACAUGAUUUGGCAGGCAGUUUAUAGGAAGAUAUCUUCGGUACAUAAGACAGUUGGUAGGGAAAAUAGAUACCAAAUGUCACAAAAGUUUUUGACAUCGUAAUCCAGGAUGGUUUAGGAGAACAGAUACAGAAGCUGGACUACUAGAGGUUACACCAAAGAUGUCAAACGUCCAAAAAGAAUCAAGUGCCCGCUGUUGCAGUGGAAUCAAGUGCCGUGAUUCAAGUGUACAUAAUAGAGAUGUAAGGGAGCCAGUCUACUAACGCUCAACUCAUCAAAAGACCAAGUUGAGCUCAAGCCUAUAGUUCAAGCAUUCUGCUUGUUGAGGGUGUAGAAGUCAUAUGUUUUACACAAAGCCUACAGCAAAAUCCUAAAUCUGUUACCACUGGCCUGUGUAACCAGUAAAUUUGGCCCAUUGCAAGACUAUUUUUUUUUAUUUUAAUGGCCAACGAAUAUAUCCCGGAUACCUAGGUUAACCCAAUGGCGAAAGGCAACCCCAUACGCCCUGCGAACACGUAUAGCGCUGGGUAGCCCAAGCCCACCAUGUAGUUUCAUUCUAGGAAAAACCUCAUAAGGCCCCUGCCAAGGUUUGAACACCCAACCUUAUGAGUAAAACCUGGAUGUCUCAGCACUCUAUCUAUGGGUCAUUGGUAGCUAUAGAAAAUCAUUUUCUCUCAAAAAUAUAAUGAACCAUCUAUAAAUAUUCAAAAACGUUAAUAUGCCUUUUGAAUUUA